AUGGAGGAUAUAAUACCCACAAAACCAUGGCUAUUCAAUCUCCGCUCAUCCAAGCAACUCAUCGGCCUUGCGGUCUUCUCGACCACUUUCACUGAUGGAUUCCUUUACGGGAUCAUCGUAUCCGUGCUUCCAUUCUCUCUAACCGUUCGGUCCGGCGUACCAGAAGCAGACGUCCAAUUCUGGACAUCCACCUCAUUAGCCGUCUUCGGAUUGGCAAUGGUCCUUGGCGCCCCGAUGGCUGGCUGGAUUGUCGGGAAUUGCGAAAGACGCCAAAUACCAUUCCUGGGAGGCCUCUCUUGCGCAUUCGGUGCCACCCUCUCAUUCAUGCUCGGAGUCAAGCCAUGGAUGAUCAUCGUGGCCAGGAUCUUCCAGGGUCUCUCUGCGAGCGUUGUUUACACUGCCGGCUUAACGCUGCUAGUGGACACGAUCGAGUCGCACGAGCUGGGUCCCUGGAUUGGCUUCGGACUGUCGGGCAUGAACUUUGGGGUUCUCGUAUCACCCACUCUCGGAGGAAUUGUAUACGAGAAAGCAGGGUUCUAUCCUGUCUUCAUCAUGGGUCUUGGCGUGGUUCUCGUCAACUUGAUCCUUAUUCUCCUCAUGAUCGAUAGAAAGAGCGCGGCAAAGUAUAGAGGGCAAAAUGGUUCUACUAAGGGUUCUACCAUUCCGAAUGGACACUCGAAAAAAGGUUCCAUUGCGAAUGGAAAACGGCGACUAUCGACUGUUGAAGAUGGUGAUCCAACCGCCACAACACCGCUCCUUUCGCACUGCCGCCAGACCUCUUCUGCAGUUGCAAAUCAUCCUUCUUGGUGGACUAUUGUCGGAGGCUUUCUUCGAAAUCCUCGCAUACUUGCCGCGCUAUAUGGAUGUCUCAUCAACACGAUCUUGGUCAGCGCCAUGGACGCCGUCCUCCCGAUUUUUAUCAAGCAGACCUUCCACUGGUUUUCUGGCGCUACCGGGGCCAUGUUUUUGAACAUAACCAUUCCAUCAUUUAUAGGUCCAUUUGUUGGAAUGAUCUCAGAUAAAUACGGCGUCCGAUUGAUUUCCACUAUCGGGUUUACGUUGGGAGCUGUAGCAGUCGCUCUCCUCGCUGUGAUACGACACAACGAUACUACAAAUAAAGUCAUGGCCUGCAUACUAUUAUUCUGCGUUGGGUUAGGACUCAAUAUAUCGCUGACCCCGUUGGUUACGGAGAUUCCUCGUAUCGUGGAUGUCAUUCAAAAUGAACAACCUGAGAUAUAUGGGGAUAAGAGCGCAGUCACGGAGGCUUAUAUGUUACUUGAUGCAGCAUUUGGCGCUGGCACUGUGCUCGGCCCGUUGCUUUCGGAGCUCGCGUUCGAGAAUUUGGGAUGGACUGCAUGCACCGCAAUGCUAGGCCUUCUGACUGUGUCAGCCAUAUUUCCAGCUAUCCUCCACUUGACCCCAAAUCCGAAAGGGCGGUUAAUCAUCUCUCGGUGA